AUGAGUCUGCAGGUCUUAAAUGAUGAAAACGUCACCAGUGAAAAAAGUACAGAGAACUGCGACUUCCUGUUUUCGCCACCAGAACUUACCGGAAGAGCGUCUGUUCUUCGUCUAUCACAGAAAGAAAAUGUGCCAUCCAAGAAUCUGGCCAAAGCUAUGAAGGUGACUUUUCAGACACCUUUGAGGGACCCACAGACGCACAGGAUCUUGAGUCCUAGCAUGACCAACAAACUUGAGGCUGCGUUUCCUCUAGGUGAUAACACUGGAUUAGAAAACCGUCCCCAGCUCUGGACACAGAUAGAGAACCAACAGCUCGUCAAGGACGUGAACGCCAAAAUUACCAGAAUUCUCCAGAAACCAGUGGUUGCCAAUGCUGUCCUCCCAGGGGACACAAAUUCAGCCUUUGGAGAUGGCAGCUCCGGCGAGCCUGGCCUGGCCUUUCUGACUGACCCAGGCUCCUCACACUCUCUCCAGAGCCCAGGAAGUCCUGAAAACCAGCUAGCAUCUCCAGGAAAAAUGCUUGGCAGCCCUGAGCUAGCCUCACAAGAAAAUAUUAGUUCUAAUUUCUUGGACAAAAACAGAACGCCUACCUCCAAGACCCUCGAGGACCUUCCUAAGACAGCAUCCCAACAGCAAGCAGAGACUCCUCACAGAGCCAAGAUAGAUAGCUUAUGUGGCAGUGUCUCUGUGGCCGUGGCCACUUCACCUGGCACAAGCCCUAAAGGCGAGCCUUUGGCAGGUGUACCUGGCGAGGCCCUCACCUGCCCUGAGGACGUGGGCACCCCCGGCCCAGCAGAUGGCACCCAGCUUCUUACCCCUACACAUGCCUCUGGUCCUGAUCAUGCAACCCUGACCAGCCCCCCAAAAGCUUGCAGAACCCUGUCCCUGAGUCCUCAGAAAGAAGAAGCUACUGUUCAAGUGGCCAAUUCCUCCAGGAGUGAACCCAUAAGACUAGAGUUUGAUCUCUCUGACGGCAUCACCAGCAAAAGGGCCCUCCCCCCAAAGAGACUGGGAAAAAGACUCGGUCUCAAGCCUCCUGUGAAGAGAGCAGAGAUGCGGCAGGAACGGCCACCCCAGAAGGUAGAAGAGCAAGGCAGUAGCCAAAUGGCAGAUGAGCACUCCAUGCUGGCCCCCCGUGACUCUUGCAGCCAUGAUUGGGACAAGCUGGAUGACCCAAACUUCAGCUCGUUUGGAAGAGACUCCAAGUGUGGUGGCAGCGAAGCCCAGCCCCCAGAGACCAGGUUGGCCCAGCCUGCAGCAGAAGAGCUAAGUGCCAGGCCUGGGGCCACGGAGGAUGUGCAUCCCAACCAUGAACAUGCUCCUAUGCUGUGUCUCUCCAGACAGCUAUGUUCAGCCUCAGCUGGGGAUACCCUGGUGCAGAUGGCAGCCGAGACCUCAGGAGCAGAGGGCAAGGAGGGAACCUGGAAUUCCUCAGGCACCUCAGUUUCCACAAGCUGUCCGGGAAGUGAGCCAGCGCCCCUGCUCCAGCAGGGGCUGGAGCCCGCCUUGGAGCUUCAGGAAGAGAGCUUCAGAGACCCUGCUGAGGUUCUAGGCAUGGGGGCCGAGGUGGACUACCUGGAGCAGUUUGGAACUUCCUCGUUUAAAGAGUCAGCCUUGAGGAAGCAGUCCUUAUACCUCAAGUUCGACCCCCUCCUGAAAGACAGCCCUCUCAGACCAGUGCCUGUGGCCAGUGAGACAAACAGCGCACCUGAAGCAGGCGAGCCUUCCUCGGAGGAGCCACGAGAAGCCCAGCUGGUGGAGGUGGAUUUCUUGGGCACACUGGAUGUUCCUGUGCUGGGCCCAGCCCCAUGUGUCCUUGCACCUGAGGGUCUGCCUCUGCCCACUGGGUCCAUCGUGGACCUGCUGCAGUAUAGCCAGAAGGACCUGGACGCAGCGGUGAAAGCAGUGCAGGAGGAGAACCUGGAGCUGAGGAGCAAGUGUGAGGAGCUCCACGGGAAGAACCUGGAGCUGGGGAAGAUCAUGGACAGGUUCGAGGAAGCUGUAUACCAGGCGAUGGAGGAGGCCCAGAAACAGAAGGAACUUGCCAAAGCCGAAAUCCAGAAAGUCCUAAAAGAAAAAGACCAACUUGCUGCAGACCUGAGCUCCAUGGAGAAGUCCUUCUCCGACCUUUUCAAGCGGUUUGAAAAACAGAAGGAGGUGAUUGAAGGCUACCACAAGAAUGAGGAGUUGCUGAAGAAGUGUGUGGAAGAUUACAUGGUGCAGAUUGACAGGGAGGCCCAGCGAUACCAGGCCCUGAAGGCCCAUGCGGAGGAGAAGCUCCAGCUGGCAAACGAGGAGAUUACCCAGAUCCGCAGCAAGACCCACGCGGAGGCCCUGGCCUUCCAGGCAAGCCUGAGGAAGGAGCAGAUGCGAGUCCACUCACUGGAAAAGACAGUGGAACAGAAGGCCAGAGAAAAUGAGGAGCUGACCCGGAUCUGCGAUGACCUCAUCUCCAAGAUGGAGAAGAUCUGAUACCCCUCACCCUCCUGGCCCUCUGCUUGUCUGUUUCUUUAGGUUUAGUGUGCUUUCUUCUGUCUUACCUUACUCAUUUUUAACUAGAUUACAUUCAAAAGCAGUAAAUAAAGCUACCUUGCGUG